UCCUGAUGUCUGAAGAGCGUGAAUGCUGUGGGUUAUCUGUGUUGUUGUGAAGUCGUUGAAGGUUAAAACGUGGCAGUACCGGUGUGUGCAGAGUGUUUGGACGUCAAGCAUUCUUAACUUUGCACAUUUUCUGUCCGGAAAGGACUUUGUCCAUUUUUUGCCUUUAGUGGUGGAAUGCACAGAGUUGGGAAACUUAUGAAGGUUUUCAUAACGAGACGCAUCCCACCGGAGGGGAUGAAGAUCCUGACAUCUGCAGCGGAUGUAUGUGAGGUGUCUCUGUGGGACUCAGAAGAACCUGUGCCGAGGACAGAGCUGAUCAAAGGUGUUCAGGGUGCUCAUGGUAUCCUGUGUAUGCUGUCAGACAAGAUCGAUGCAGAGCUUCUGGAUGCUGCAGGACCAAACCUAAAAGUCAUCAGCACCAUGUCUGUAGGAUUUGACCACUUGGUUCUUGAUGAAAUCAAAAAACGGGGCAUACGUGUUGGAUACACUCCAGACGUCCUGACUGAUGCCACAGCUGAACUUACUGUAGCUCUGCUGCUGGCUACCUCACGCAGAUUACUCGAGGGAGUGGAGGCGGUCAAAAAUGGUGGCUGGACCUCCUGGAAGCCUCUCAUGCUGUGUGGUUACGGCCUCUCUGGCAGCACCGUGGGAGUCAUCGGACUGGGACGCAUUGGAAUGGCCAUUGCUCGCAGACUCAUGCCAUUUGGAGUAAAGAGGCUGCUGUACUCUGGGAGAGCAGCCAAGGCUUAUGCUGCGGAGGUUAAUGGAGAGUUUGUUUCCUUAGACACACUUGUCUCAGAGAGUGACUUCAUUGUAGUCUCCUGCUCUCUGACACCAGAAACCCAGGGCAUGUGUGACAAGGCCUUCUUCAGCAAGAUGAAAAACACAGCAGUCUUCAUCAACUCAAGCAGGGGAGCUGUAGUGAACCAGGAGGACCUGUAUGAGGCAUUGACCAGCAGUCAAAUCGCUGCAGCUGGACUGGAUGUCACAACACCUGAGCCACUCCCAACCAACCACCCUCUUCUUACUCUGAAAAACUGUGUGGUGUUGCCACACAUCGGCAGUGCAACCUACUCCACGAGAGGCGUCAUGGCAGCUUUGUCAGUUCAAAACCUGCUGGGAGGUUUACAGGGUACAGAGAUGCCAAGUGAACUCACCUUCUAGUGCCUGAAACUGAGCCACUGUGCCUGCAGUACUUGUGAAAACACUAUUCAGGCUGGGUAUUAAGUGUACAACAGUAGAACUACUAAAUGUAGAAGUUGCCCUAAAGAUUAGCCUUUGACUUCUUAAGCUGCACUUUAUUCAGAUGCUAAUGCUACAUGUCUUCUGUUAUAAAGCAAAAAUACACUCCAGUGUUGUGAAAAACUAGGAAAUAAGAUGACUGAUCUUUCAGUAAUUCCUUAUUCUCUCUGAUUUUACAUGAAUAAAAAUGAACA